AUGGAGGAUUACAAGGCUGCACUUAACCAUACAUUCCAUUCUGCUCUUCCCCUUCAUGAUUUCUGUAAAUUAUUUGUUAUUCCACUGCCUGGAGGUUGGCCAACCUGGUAUUACACCAAAAAAAUAAUUGCUCAGCUACCAGAACCAAGUUCCCAAGAACACCCUUAUUUUUCCCUUAUUCCAGAAGAAGGACCUUUUCAUCUCUGCUUAAAUAUAAAUGAGGAUGUCAUUACAAGUCACCACAUUAAGUUUUUGCAAGACUUUAUAAGGAGGUUUUGGGCAGUGACUUCCCACUGAAACCAAAACCCUUUCGAACAAGCCUCGUUAUUACAGGAACCUUGUGUGGAUGGUUGUUAAUCAGACAUAAAGUCCUGGCCAAAUUCAAGUUCUGCAAAGAUACUGAAUUUCUGUAACUGGUUAAUUUACUUGAAGACAUUUUGCCACUGGUCUUUUUUUAAUAUGACAGCAUCUUUUGCUCUGCUGGUAAUCUGGAACUGUACAUAAAUGUCAUGAUUCGUCUAGCCAUUAUUUUCAUUAUCUGGGAGUGACAUUAUUAUGACAGAUCUACUCUAUCCAUGUUACAUUCAAACCAGGUGAAGCGUUCCCGUCGCUAACGAACUAAUGAAUUCAUUCACGGAAAAAUGAUUUCGUUUGUUGAUUCAAUAAUCCAUUCAUAAAAUGAACAAUCCAAUAGUCAUAUUUAGCCUCGAUUCCAUAAUCGAAUGUUGAUUCGAUUACUGUUUUUUGAAAAAUUACACUUUCCACAAGUUGACCUCAGAAUUUUGAUUUUUUCCUCUUUUUUUUCUGAGAGUCGAGUGAUGGCGAGUUCUGAAGUUCAAACCCAAACAAACUGUUACAUGUAUGCCAGUUUGCUGCCAAUAAUCAGUGCAACAGACCUAGGCCUGACCUCUUAGAAAACACGACGGUCAAAUUGAGGUCAGUGUAUGUGCGGUGAUUGGUGGAUUUCGAUCCUCGGCCUUUGUCAGUUUCUUCGCGUUUGCGGUCUGUCUAUUCUAGCUGUUAUUUUGAUUAAAGGCAAUGAAAAACGCAAUCGUAAACGGCAGGAAAAGGGAAGCAAAUACGAUUGAACACAACAGACAAGAAUAAAGAGCAGGUACUGAUUUUGUUCAUUAACCAAAUCAACAUUUGAUUAUUGAAUCGAGGUACAAUUUGACCUGGUUUGACUGUAAGUGACCUGUAUGACCAAAAGAUCAACUUUCCUACCUGCUAUAACUUUAAAAAGUGAUGGCUAUCAAUAAUAACAGAAAAGAAGGUACAAAUCUCGCAUUCAUUGUUACCAAAUCACAUUUCAACACAUUACAGUGGUGAUGAAAUACAUGACUCAGCAAUUUCUCUGGCUGCUUCUGACACUGCCAGGAAAUUUCAUUCUUCCUUUGUGAGGCCAUACACCAGAGGUCAAUCGAAAAAAAAAACAUGAAACUUGUGGCUGCUUAUGUGUUUCACAACUGCAAGGGACAACUGUAUCUAGCUUUAUUAUUCCCUUUUCAAAAGAAAAGCAAUACAUUUUUUAAAAAAUUAAUCAACUACGACUUUCUCUUUAGUCUUAAUUCCAAUUUAUCCCAGAAAAGACAUUCUUUAAAACUAAUUUGAAGCAAAACCAAUCACCCAUUAACCCAAUUUUGAACGUUACUUGAAGAAUGACAUUAACAGUGGAAGUUUUAGAUCUUAAUGCAGACAGUGACAAUGAAAACUGUUUCCUCAUGUUUUUACCAUAACAUUACGUAAAAUAUUUAAUGCUGUUUAUAUAUUCUAGUGUUGCCUCUUGAAAACCAAUUUUGCAGAUAUUAAUGGAGCUUCAUUUAAAAAUUCCCAUAGUCUUACUCUCUCCUAGAAGCCCUUGACCAAUGAUUUUUGUAGAUACACGGUAACAUGCAGAGAUUUUACAGUGUAUGAGUUGCAUAGUCCUUUUUUAAACCCCACAAAAACAAAAACACAAAAUAUGCAGGUUGCUGUCAUUCCAGACCAUGGCCACAAAUUUAUACUGAAAAAAAAACUUGCAUGGCCAUAGACAUGUAUUGUCUUGAUUUGCCUCACUUAAUCUGAACUUCUAAAACUUAUACAGGCAAAGUUGCUGAGGUGCUUUUGAAAUUAUUCCAGGAUGUUGCUCAAAAUAUUGGAAAGUCUAAAGAAGGUAAGUAUUUGCAUCAUUUUGUAACUCUACACAUAAAUCUUCUUCUUGUUUGAAUUGAAUAGAUGAAAGUGAAGCUAUUUAGAUUUCAAUGGAUAAGCCGCAUAAAUGUCACCUCAUCAAUACCUAAGCCAACACUGUCAAGCACACAGGUGAAGAAAAUGGAUGAUGAAAGCUCAGCUUAAAGAAGCAGCAAACUAACAAGGCUAACUCUCAAUAAAUUAUUACAAAAUAUAAGAAUUAACAGUUCACAUUUUAUCCUUCAGCUAAAAAAAAACAUGGAAACCUAAUGAAAAUGUGACAAAGUUAAAUAAAAUUAAUACCGCUCUACUAUGAAGAUUAAUGAAGGAAUCAUUAAAGCUUGGCUAUUACUGUCUUAUUCUUGAUAUUCCUCACAACUAUCUUCUGUGUUUGACAGAAACAUUGUUUUUGUUACACAGGUUACAGACAACCCUUCCAGUCUAGUCGAAACAAAAGACCAAAAUUCCAUCCUCAAACAUUCAACGAAAUUAUUGAUACAAAGUCACUUCCUCUUUCAUACAAAUGA